AUGCCGCAGAAGAAAAGUCAAGGUCAGGACUUCUUCAACCUCUGCAGUCUCGUCACCGUACAAGUCAGGCUAAACUACCCCAUCAAGUGCGAUGGCGUCCGGCCGAGCUGCUAUAUGUGCUCCACGACGAAGACGCCAUGCGUUUACCCCGUGCCCGAGGGUCUCUCCCGGAGCGAGGCCCAGAAACAGAAGUUCACGGACGUCUCCAGGGCGCAUGAGAGCAGCCGCAGGGUGCUAGAGUUGCUGAGCGCCAGUCAAGACGGCACCUCUCAUGACAUCUUGCAGCAACUGAAGCAUUCGAAACAUCUCGAUAAUACCGUCCAGUCCAUAGCUGAUGCAAGUCUGCUGCUUCCAAGGGGUGAUGGUGACGAUGAGGUGGCGGAAAGUACUGACACCAGCAUCACCUUGCCCGUCUCUCGCUGGACGACGGUCUUGAAGGACGACAGAAUCUUGACGCAGCUUCUCGAACUAUUCUGGGCCUGGGACGGCACACUUUCACGGCUCGUUGCCCGGGAUCUCUUCUCCGCUGAGCUGAGCAAUGCCAACGCACAGCAGAAGCAUCAAUUCUGCUCUCCGCUCCUUGUCAACGCCAUCCUAGCCGUCUCAUCUCUACACUCAACGAGGAAGCACAGUAGUCUGCACACGGAUGCCAAGAACAAAGCCCAGAAGUUCGCGGACUGUGCAUUCGACCUCCUUGACGCUGAACAAGGCGUAAGCUCCCUAACUACUCUGCAAGGAGCGGCGGUCCUUUGGGUAUACUGUAGCAAUGAGGGGACGCGUGUCUCUCGCACCCGGGCUGCGAGACUGGCUGGGUUGAUGCUGCAGACCUGGUCAACCCUUGGCCUAGGCACCGAUGGGUCCAACCUAUUCCACCUACCAGAGACCCAGCCGACGAACGACUUGAAAAUGUGGCAGGCGGUUUCUUACGUCGCCUGGGGCUUCUACUGCUUCUUCGCGUACGUCUACUGA